AUGCAUUGUUGCUUGGCGUUUGAGGUUCCUCUCCUCGUAUACGAGUAUGUGCCUAAUGGGACACUUUUUGAUCUCAUUCAUCAAUCACAACUUCCAAUCUCAUGGAACAUGCGCAUAAAAAUUGCGGCCGAUAUAGCAGGUGCAGUGGCUUACUUACAUUUUGCAUCAUCUGUCCCCAUCUAUCACAGAGACAUCAAGUCCACCAACAUCCUUAUGGAUGAAAAGUACGUUGUUAAAGUGUCGGAUUUCGGAACAUCCAAAUUUGUUGCAGUAGACCAAACUCACCUGACCACGCUGGUGAAAGGUACAUUCGGAUAUUUAGACCCAGAGUAUUUCCAGACGAGCCAAUAUACAGACAAGGGCGACGUUUAUAGCUUUGGAGUAAUUCUUGUCGAGCUUCUAACAGGACAACGGGCCAUAUCGUUAGAUGUAUCACAAGAAAGAAAUCUAUCAACACGAUUUCUUGCAUGUAUGGAAGCAAACAAUCUUGAUGCCAUAAUAGAUACCCAAGUUUCCAAGCAAGCUAAGAUAGAAGAGGUGAUUGAAUUUGCAAGGCUUGCAAAAAGGUGCUUGAACAUCACAGGGAGAAUGAGGCCAAACAUGAAGGAAGUAGCAAGAGAAUUGGAAAGUUUGUCUGUGUCUCAACUCUCUGCAAAUGUUACACAUGCAAUUGAAGAAGCAAACAUGUAUGAAGCGAAGUCAGUUUUGGUUCCAAACAUUGAUUACACUGGGACAAGUGGUGACAGUGUCGCCUCGACAUCAGAUGCACAUCCUCUAAUGUCUACAAAAUUUUGA